AUGAGUGAGGACAACCCGCAGGACCCCAAGAACGUGAAGAUGAGGUGUCUACCGUGCGUGAUGCCGUACACGGAGGACGUCGGGAAUCUGGUACAGUCGGGGAACAGGCAGGCGAAACCACAGCAGAAACAGUGCCACGGGAAUGUCCAAGACCACAGCGGCUGCCAAUGCACGCCCGAACGGCCUUGCUGCAACUACGAGGAUGGAGAGCAGCAGUCCACGGGUCAAUCU